AUCCACAGCCAAUUACAAUCAUAUUUUACAAACAGGCUCUCUCCCACUCCUCGGAAUCGCUCGCUCCGAAGCUGCCGACAGUCAAUAAUAUUGAAAGCUGAUUGAAUAAUAUCAACCGGCUUAUGUCCAGUAAGAACGUAUCAAUGGGAGCCUAUAACGAACGGUAGGUAUACUUGCGUAUCAUAAAAUAGAUAAGUAAAGACCGCAUAAUGAAAUUGUUAUAAUGAAUUGUGGAUUUUAAAUGUUUUUUUAAACUAUCAGUAUUUGCAAAGGCUAACGACGGUGUAGUAAGCACUGUGGAUUUUAGUUUCCUCACUGGAGAUAAAAGGAUCCUAGAAGACUCUUCUGCAUAAUUGUGUCCUGUCUUCUGCGAGGUAUCCCGACAACCAUCGAUACUUCGCUGAUCAAUCACUAUGGAAGGCGAAGGAAAGGGGUUGACGCUCCAGCUGAUGAUGGCAGUGGGAACAGCUGUGAUUGGCUCGCUGCAGUUUGGCUACAACACAGGGGUCAUCAAUGCUCCCCAAAAGAUCAUCGAAGGCUUCCUGAAUGACACGUGGAACAGCAGGUACUCUGAGCCCAUCCCUACCACAUCCCUGACCACCCUGUGGUCCAUCUCCGUGGCCAUAUUCUCUGUCGGGGGCAUUUUUGGCUCCUUCUCCGUGGGCCUCUUUGUCAACCGCCUGGGCAGGAGAAACUCAAUGCUCAUUGCCAACGUGCUGGCGUUCAUCGCCGCCGGGUUCAUGGGCUUCUCCAAGCUGGCGGCGUCGUGGGAGAUGCUGAUUAUCGGGCGCUUCAUUGUGGGGCUCUACUCCGGCCUGUCCACUGGCUUCGUGCCUAUGUACGUGGGGGAGAUUGCGCCCACCUCGCUCCGCGGGGCACUGGGCACUCUGCACCAGCUGGGCAUCGUCCUUGGCAUCCUCAUGGCACAGGUGUUUGGGAUCGAGUCGAUAAUGGGGAACUCCACUCUGUGGCCCUUUCUGCUGGGCUUCACAUUCAUCCCAGCCAUGCUGCAGUGUAUCCUGUUACCCUUCUGCCCCGAGAGCCCCCGCUUCCUCCUAAUCAACCGCAACGAGGAGCUCAAGGCCAGAGAAGUGCUGGAGAAGCUGCGAGGCACUGAGGAGGUGGGCGCCGACAUGCAGGAGAUGAAGGAGGAGGCCAGGCAGAUGAUGAGGGAGAAGAAGGUGACCAUCCUGGAGCUGUUCCGCUCGCCACUCUACCGCCAGCCCAUCUUCAUCGCCGUCAUGCUCCAGCUCUCCCAGCAGUUGUCUGGCAUCAACGCUGUUUUCUACUACUCCACCAGGAUAUUUGAGAAGGCGGGAGUCUCUCAGCCAGUCUACGCUACGAUUGGUGCUGGCGUGGUCAAUACAGCCUUCACUGUUGUGUCUCUAUUCGUCGUGGAGCGUGCUGGGCGAAGAUCCCUUCACCUCACUGGGUUGCUGGGGAUGGCAUUCUCAGCUGUCCUGAUGACAAUCGCUAUGGCACUACUGGACCAGCUGCCAUGGAUGUCUUACGUCAGCAUCGUAGCCAUCUUUAGCUUUGUGGCCUUCUUUGAGAUCGGCCCGGGCCCCAUCCCCUGGUUCAUCGUGGCUGAGCUCUUCAGCCAAGGUCCUCGGCCCUCUGCCUUUGCCGUUGCUGGAUUCUCCAACUGGUCGGCUAACUUCAUAGUGGGCAUGACCUUCCAAUACGUUGAGCAACUGUGUGGCCCCUACGUCUUCAUCAUCUUCACUGUGCUACUGCUGGGCUUCUUCAUCUUCACUUAUUUCAAGGUGCCUGAAACCAAGGGACGGUCGUUUGAUGAGAUCUCCGCCGGCUUCCGCCAUGAGGCUGGACAGUCAGGAGAAAAGUACGCUCCUGAUGAGAUGAACAGCCUUGGGGGAGCCGACUCUCAACUCUAAGCUCAACGACAACACUCCCAACCUCCUUCAAUACUACUGAUAGACUGGGGGGCAACAUAUGCCUGGGCUUUUCUAGUGUAGGGACGAGUGCCACUCCUAUAGGCCUUCAGAGUCCCACCUCUCCUGCUCUCUGUGGUAAACUGAUGACUGCAGUAUGCAUGGGGUUCCAGGAGGGGAGGGAUGAAACUGCGAAUUCACAAUAGAGAUGUAUAGAGAUAGCAACGUUGUAUGUUUCAUUAUGGCGUCUGACAGCAUGGGCAGCACCAUUGAGGCCAUCUCCAUUUUACAUCUCUAUAGUAUUGAGACAUCUCACAGGCAAAUUUUUUCAUGUCUGAUUGGGUGGUGCAAACGGGGGAGAGGGGAAUAAGUAGACCAGAGCCAGCUAUCAUAAAAGGGCAUUUAUGAGACAUCUUCAUUAUCUUGUUGGUUUAAAUCCUCAUCAGCCUGAAAGGGAAAAUAGCUCUUCAUCCUCUUUUGGUCUCUACCUGCAGCUUAAAAGGGCUGACUAGGUUGCUAUUAAGAUAACAAAGUGAAACACUGAAUUAAACAAUGCUUUCCAUUCCACUUAUCCAAUACUUAAUAUCACCACAAACUAUGCAGACACAUUCUCAAUUCCAACUGUUCAUCCACAAUUUACUCCAGCAAACUCUGACAAUAAAAACAAAACCCCCCGACCAAUCUUAUUGACAAAAGGUUAUAACAAGGCACCAUAUCCCUGACCUAGCCGAGAUAUUGAAUGUCAAUAUUUUACUUAUUUGUGUCUUGGCUCUUCUGUUACUGAGGAGCAAUAUGAACUAUCUUUGCUAAAGCAUUCUAUUUACACCAUUAGAAAUUAAUUAAUUAUGAAGCCAACUCUAUUCAUGGAUGUUUGUGAUUAUAUAUCCCUCAAAUAUUUUCUUUAUUAAGUGAAGUGUUAUAUUGUAUCUUCAUAUAUGACUCUGGUAGGACCUAAUGCUUGUAAUGGAAUACCAACAGCAAUAAUGUAUUUUUAAUCUCUUUAUUUAAUGAAUUAACUUAAUUUAAGUUUUACAAUAGUCUUGAUCUUUGCACAAAACCUUACUGUGACUAAGUGGGACUUAGUAGUUUCAGCACACCAUUCCCUGAAAAUAACCUUACAUUUCCUCAACCACAGUCCAUUGGCAUAAUAAUACUGCACAUUUGGUAUGAAAUGAAAUGUCAAACUAUACUAGCAACAGUGGUGUAGUGGAGUUACCAGCUUUUUUUGCCCAACAGUUUACCAUGCAUGGUCUUGUCCAAAUUGUUGAACUAGAUCACAUUUUAUUAAAAAACUUUUAUUUUUUAUUCUCUCAACACAAUUGAUUUAUAUUCAACAAUAAAAUGGAAACUUUCAAAUUAUAUUGCAUAAUUAGAUCAUGUCAACUAACCAGGCCUAUCAAGUGUAUUAUUGAACUAUAUAACAUUUCUGUAUCUGCCCUUUGAUCUGUUUAACAAAUUGUAGCUGUUGUUUAUCCUCAAUGUUACUUUUGGAAUAUGCAUUUAAAUAACUCAGCAAAAAAAGAAAUGUCUUCUCACUGUCAACUGCAUUUAUUUUCAGCAAACUUAAUGUGUAAAUAU